AUGGCACACGGACCUGGAGUGCAGUGCAAUUCUGGGCCAGAAACGUUACCACAGCAGGUACAGUCAUCGAAUAUUACACCAACUCCGGCAUUCUUCGACAUUGCCUUGGUGGAGCUGGACCAGCCGGUGCAAAGAUUUCGGGUACCCGAGGAGGCCUGCCCGAUGCGCGCUCAGGGCCCCACUCCGAGUGCUAAACCGGGGGCAUCGUCCCCAUCUGCCCUGCAGGAGGCCAAGGUCCGCCUCAUCGAUGCCAAGCUCUGCAACAGCAGCCUAUGGUACCGAGGGGCCAUCAAGAGCCACAACCUGUGUGCUGGGUACCCGCAGGGUGGCAUCGACACCUGCCAGGGUGACAGUGGCGGUCCCCUCAUGUGCCGGGACAACAAUGCCAACUUUUUCUGGGUUGUGGGGCUGACGAGCUGGGGCCGCGGCUGCGCCAGGGCCAAGCAACCGGGGGUCUACACCUCAACAAGGCACUUCCAUGAGUGGAUCCUCCACCAGCUGGGGACGUUCCACUCCGCGGGAGCCUCCGCGACGCCCCCGACAUGGAGCCACCAGCACGUCUCGCAUGCGCCCAUCCAGCAGACGAUGCCGGCUCCGACGGCCUCGAGCGCCAGUGACAUCUGCUCCUUCCCAUACCGGGUGCUCGUGGAAUUUGUCAGUCGGGUGCAGGAGUUGCUGCAGGCUCUAAGGGGGAAGAAGCCUUGA